GUCACAUGGUCAACACAGGAUGUCCAGAUACGCAUAACAGGAUUGACCUUUGCUGCAAGAUGUCAGCAGAGUUUGAUUUCUUUCUGAACACUAGCAAAAAGUGGUUCUGUCACUUUGAUGAUGACAACUACGUGAACGUGCCCCAGUUAGUAAAGUUUCUCAGCAAGAAAAGCUGGAAUAAGGACUAUUACUUUGGGAAAACUAGCAUCCCGCACGAAUUUGAAAUCAGGACACCUGUUACUGCACCACGGCUUAGAUUUAAUUUUGCCACGGGAGGCGCUGGUUUCUGCAUUAGUCGAGCUCUUGCAAAUAAAAUGACACGGUAUAUAAG